CUCUCUCUAAUCUCUCUCUCUCUCUCUCUCUCUCUCUCUAGGAUAUAUAGAUUUACUCUCACUGUUCACUUCAGAGUCGAUGCUUGGCUGAUUUUACGAUCGAGAGUGUGUGUCGUCGUAGAUCUAAGGAUCUGUAAUUUACAUGUAAUUGGUUAUCUUCUUAAAAUUAUGAGCAUGCAAAUCGAUUUACUUUUUGGAAAAAAAAAAUUGAGCAUGCAAAUGGAUUCUUGUUGUCUGUAGUUCCUUUCGGGAAAUUUGAUUGAAUUUAGGUUUGGCUUUAUAGUGACAUUAUGCUGGGAUUUAGGCCUCACUGCAUCUGUUCCAAAAAACGUAAUGUGAUCUUUACACUUCAUUGUUUCUUCCUGUAAGCUGAGAUUUAGGCCUCACUUCAUCUGUUCCAAAAAAGUAUAUAAUCUUUACACUUCAUUGUUUCUUCCUGUAAGCUGAGAUUUAGGCCUCACUGCAUCUGUUCCAAAAAAGUAUAUAAUCUUUACCCUUCAUUGUUUCUUUCUGUAAGUAAGUGAUAGUAUAUAAGUAAGUGAUAGUAUACAAAGCAGAUAUACACAAGUGUAAAGUAAAGAAUUAUAUCAAAAUAGCAACAAAGUUGACUGAAGAAAAAAAGGACCACAACUGUACAAAUGAAAGCAAAUCUGUAAAAGAAUCAAGGCACCCAACUCCAAAGGGUAGCCACAACUCCUCUUGUACUUCUUUGUUGGAACUUGCAUUUAUGGAUCCGUAAAUCUGGGCGCAUGUUAAGUCUUCUUCAACUCGGCAUUUCAUCACCCACGUGGUACAAGCAUCAUCAUUUGAUACAAUGUCAGCUCUCGCGGCCCCACUACGCCCCAAGAGGAAGAAGGUUUGGGUGGACUACUUUGUCCAGUUCCGAUGGAUUCUGGUUAUUUUUGUCGUCCUACCUAUCUCCUGGACUUUGUACUUCCUCACAUAUCUUGGAGACGUCAAUUCCGAAAGGAAGUCCUACAAGCGGCGUCAGAAGGAACAUGAGGAGAAUGUUAAGAAAGUAGUGGCAAGACUCAAACAAAGGAACGCAUCAAAGGAUGGGCUUGUUUGCACAGCUAGGAAACCCUGGAUUGCUGUUGGAAUGCGGAAUGUGGACUACAAGCGUGCUCGCCAUUUUGAGGUUGAUCUCUCUGCUUUCAGAAACAUCAUUGAAAUCGACAAAGAGAGAAUGAUUGCCCGAGUUGAGCCUCUUGUCAACAUGGGGCAGAUAACAAGGGUUACUGUUCCAAUGAAUCUCGCCCUAGCGGUUGUCGCUGAACUUGAUGAUUUGACUGUUGGUGGCCUCAUCAAUGGAUACGGUAUCGAAGGAAGCUCUCAUAUCUAUGGCCUCUUCUCUGAUACUGUCGUGGCCUAUGAAAUUGUUUUGGCCGAUGGGCGAGUAGUUAGAGCAACAAAGGACAAUGAAUUCUCCGACCUUUUCUAUGCUAUCCCAUGGUCUCAGGGGACCCUGGGACUUCUUGUUUCUGCUGAGAUUAAACUUAUACCAAUUAAGGAGUACAUGAAGCUGACUUACAAACCAGCUGUGGGCAACUUAAACGAUCUUGCACAGGCUUAUGUGGAUUCUUUUACUCCAAGGGACGGAGAUCAGGACAAUCCCGAAAAGGUUCCAGAUUUUGUGGAGGGGAUGGUUUACUCUGCAACAGAAGGGGUUUUCAUGACAGGUAGAUAUGCAUCGAAAGAAGAGGCUAAGAAGAAGGGGAAUGUGAUUAACAGUGUUGGUUGGUGGUUUAAGCCUUGGUUCUACCAGCAUGCACAGACGGCCCUAAAGAAAGGGGAGUUUGUAGAGUACAUCCCGACUAGAGAGUAUUACCACAGGCACACUAGAUGUUUGUAUUGGGAAGGGAAGCUGAUCCUACCUUUUGGUGAUCAAUUUUGGUUUAGGUUUUUCUUGGGCUGGCUGAUGCCUCCUAAGGUUUCUCUGCUUAAGGCUACACAAGGUGAAGCCAUCAGGAACUAUUACCAUGAAAUGCAUGUCAUUCAGGAUAUGCUUGUACCUCUUUACAAAGUUGGAGAUGCUCUAGAAUUCGUCCACAAAGAGAUGGAGGUAUAUCCCCUCUGGCUCUGCCCGCACAAACUGUUCAAGUUUCCCUAUAAGACAAUGAUAUACCCGGAGGCUGGAUUUGAGCUCCACCGCAGGCAAGGGGACACAAGCUACGCUCAGAUGUACACUGAUGUUGGAGUUUACUACGCACCGGGACCUGUCCUGCGGGGCGAGGUUUUUGAUGGGGCGGGGGCUGUUCGCACUAUGGAGAGCUGGUUGAUUGAGAACCAUGGAUACCAGCCGCAAUAUGCUGUGUCUGAGCUAGAUGAGAAGAGCUUCUGGAGGAUGUUUGAUGCUGGGCUAUAUGAGAAUUGCAGGAAGAAGUAUGGAGCUGUGGGGACCUUUAUGAGUGUUUACUAUAAGUCGAAAAAAGGGAGGAAGACUGAGAAGGAGGUGCAGGAAGCUGAACAAGCUCACCUUGAGACUCCUAUUGCGGAGGUUGAUGAUGACGAGGAUGAUCAGCCGGCAGAUUGAGUUUUAGCUUUUUGAAGUGAAUCUGGAACUUUCCUGUAGGGUUUCGAUUGUUUGUGUCCUCUUCCUCCACUUUCUUCUGGUUUGGCUGCAAUUUCUUUUGUUUUGGUUUUGGUUGUUAGUUUGUUGCGUCCCCGUAGGGACAGCUAUCUAGCUAUCCCUUUUUUGGGUGGCUAGCUUUCUGAACUGAGUCAGAUUAGAUUGUGUGACUGGUUUAUGCUCUC